AACGUGCCCCUUCUGCGUCAGUCGUUCGCGAAGCCUCGCAGACGGUGGAUCGUGGGUGUUCUGUCGUAUUGGCCUUCAAUGUCGGUCGUCCUUUCCUUGUUAACACCCUCACGUAGGGAAAAAUUAUAAAACAAACGAAGACAAACGGUGCGCCUCGGAAGCGUCGCCGUAAGUGUACGGUGCCGAAUUUCAUCACGGUGAUUGACUCCGCUCCCGGUUCACCACUACACGGUCAAUAAUGAGGGACAUGGCGGGCAAGAUCGCCGAGUUGAAGUUCGAGGCACCCCUCGCACGUUUCGAGGAAGAAGACACGGCCAGCUUGAAAAACAUGAAUUUACUGACAGAACAAUUGUUGGACACGAGUUUGAAUACGAGUUAUGGAGAGAAUUGCAACGCGAACGAGCCCGUGACCACGCAGGAGAAUGGCACGGAUAUUCUCCAAGAGGGGACGUUCAGCCCCUUCAGUGGUAGUCUCGAGGACCUUGUUAACACCUUCGACGAGAAGAUAACAUCCUGCUUCCGCGAUUACGGUACGGACGUCGAAUCUCUGGCACCCGUGCAAGUACGGACGCAGGAAGAAAUUAUGAACGAGUGCCAAAUGUGGUGGACGAUUACUGGUACGUUUGGUAACAUAUUACCGAUAGAUUGGAGCAAAUCGUAUGCUAGAAAAAUGCAUAUGCCCGCGCUUAAUUUGAACGAAGCCCCAGUUCCGAAUGAAAGACCAGAACUAGAGGAUUUAAGUAGCGAAGAUGAGGCUGUCGCAACUGAUUUGGACAUGCAUGCUUUGAUAUUGUCCAGUAGUACAGAUACUCAUAGUCCAGAGGAACCUUUGAAGACUGCCGAAGAAGUUCUCCGUGAAAUAGAUGACAUAAUGCAGGAGAGUCCAUCGAUGGAACGAUCUCCGGAUUCUGAUGGAUCUUUAUUGGAUAGCGACGAAGCGUUGGAGAGGAGCAGAGAGGUUCUGGGCUCUCCGUUGCACGAGAAAAAAUUAAAACAACUUACCUCCAGCCAACUCACUGAGCUGCUUGGGGAAAUGGAAUCACUAGUCGGAGCUCUCAGCGAAACUCUUAUCGCGGAACUCGCAUUGCGCGACGAACUCGAGUACGAGAAAGAACUCAAGAAUCAGUUCAUUUCGUUGUUGUUAGCAGUACAAAAUCGACGAAGACAGCAUCACGUCACGAAAAAGAGGAAUCAAAUGCAAAAUGGUACUAGUCCUUUACCGCAACAUAGAUCGCUUCAAGAGUCUAAGUAUUUAACUACUGUAAUUCCCUAUCAUACGGACAGUGGUCCACCGGAUAACCAGGCCUUACAAGUUCUCAUAAAAAUACUAAAAGCAAUUAGUGAAGACAGCCCGACUGUACCUACACUGUUAACAGAUUAUAUACUCAAAGUAUUAUGCCCCACUUAGUGAGCGUAUCGUAAAUUCCUGCGAGGAGAUCGGGGAAUAUUGGAAUGAAAAAUAUGAAUACAAUUUACUCUCUUCUUGCCAGUACGCUUUCAGCCGUUGUUGUGCCGCAUAUUCUUGCGUUGAGGCAGGUGAUUUUGCUUCUAAAUUGUGUCUCGGACUACUCUGUGUCGACAGUAGAGUUUAUAAGUAGAGUCCGCGGCACACACAUCUAGUCUUACUUUAUAUAUCAUCACGUGUAUAUUAUUUUACAUAAGAUACAUUUCUAAUAAUCUAUGUAUGCGCUCUAUGAAAUACCUCUUAAUCGUGUACGAAUUAUGAGAAUCUUCGUUUUUGUAUACGUCAUCAUGAAUUUCGUGACAAUUCAUUUUUUUGUAAUUUUUUGUACAUAAAGAUCUUGUCGAACAUACGUGAGCAAAUUUUACUAUAUCACUGGAAAUAUUAUAUAUAUAUUUAUGUAGAAAAAUAUACCUUAUCGACUUGUAGAUUAUCGAUACGAAUUUUAGUGUAUAUUGUUGUAUUGCCCAGAGUGUACCUAGAAUUAUCUGAGAUCUUGUCGCGCAAAAAUUGAAAGACGAAAGAUACAUCUUGUUGCUGGACUAACACACGAAUUUGUACUUCAGAUCAGUUUAUUAACUACAUGCAAGAUCGUUAUUAAACACAACUGUUCGUGUACAGCAACACGGUUGUUUCGCACAUAUUAAACCCAUUGUGUUUGUUGGAAAUAAAGAAAUAAAUUGAACAACCUUCUA